AUGACGUUAAAUGAACAUACGAUGAAUAUGUUUGGGAAAAAUUAUGUGAUCAAUUUGUUUGAGAACCCGGAUGGUCAGAAAUUCAAUGUGGUUGCAGCCAAAACAGCGAAUCUACACUUUCAUGGUGAUAUCCAUUCCCACGCCACGUGGUUUCCGGGGAUGAGUUGGCAAAUUUGCGUCUGCCAGUCUUGUAAGCAACAUAUGGGAUGGUAUUUCCGGCCGAUGGGUGAUAACGUUGGGGUUGACGACAAGAAGAGCUUUAUUGGCUUGGUGGUCAGCAAAUUGAUUUCUGCCGAAUAUCUUGACUGGGUCGUCGUACCACGUGGAGAAUUC